AUGCAAAGCCUAACAGAUGGUGGACAGAAAGUAACACUGAAGAAUCUGCAGAUUUGCCCAAUUUGGCCUGAAGAAAUGAAGGCGUUUUGGCAACUGUGGUGGUGUGGGCAGGGUGAGGGAAGAGGAAAGCCCCUGACUCUGCAUCAACCAGGGAAGUUCCUCUUAGCCCUGCUUUUUAUUUUGAGGUUCACUAUAGGAGCAUGUUUACAGGAAAUACUUCAUGUCUUCAGGAAAAACGAAGGAAGAAGGCUUGAAAUCCAUUGCAAUAUAAGGGUCAUAGAGGAAGAGGCUGGUGUUUUUUUCACACAAAAGAAAAAAUUUUUAAUUAGCUCUACAUGGUUGCUAGAUUCUGGGAUUACACACACACACAAUCUGGGAGGCCUUUCCUCUCAAGAAAAACCAUACAUAAAGCCUAGCUCAUAA